AUGGUGAAAAUGAAGAAGAGCAAGAAAACACUCUCAAACACCGAAUCUACCACUAAAAUCGAACCAGAGUCUGAGAUAGCUAGGGGAGAAAGUAUGGAGAAAGAUGGGCGGACCGUUUUCCAUGAAAGCCUUACAAGCUACUUCGUCUCGUCCAAGUUUUCGGACCUUGUGAUCACGACGGUUGACCAGCAACAUAAGGUCCACAAGCUUGUGGUAUGCGGCCAAUCUGAGGUUUUUUCUCGGAUGCUCGAUCGUGACUGGAAGGAAUCAUCUGAGAAUACCAUCGAGCUCGGAGAUGACGACCCUCGUGCCAUUGAAGCAAUGAUCAGUUUCAUGUACAAGUUCGAUUACCGCCAAACGGGUGGAGAGGCCUCUUCAAUGCUCUUUGAUGCAAAGGUGUUUGGAGUGGCCGAAAAAUACGGUAUCGCUGCGCUUAAAAUUUGCGCACAGAAUAAGUUCAAAGUGGCCAUACAAAUUGGCUGGAAUACGGAUGAAUUCCUAGAUGUCAUCGCGGAGGUUUACAAUGAAAUCUCUUGCGCAAACCGCACCCUUCGAAUGCUGCUGGUAACUGUUUGCUACUAUAAUAUCCGAGAACUCUUCAAGAAAGACCACUUCAAAGUGCUGCUGGAGGACAUAGCUGGGUUCGCAGCAGAUGUCAUCCACCUUUUAAUAUCCAAGUUGCGUGAAUACGCAUGCCCCUUCUGCUCUGCCAGACUGAAAGGCCCAACUGGCACCUGUUCUACCUGCGGCAGAUAUCAUCAGAAUAUAUCUCCGCUUGAAUGA